GAACGGACUACGACGACGACGACGACGACGAAGACGACGACAGCAGCAGAGCGCCAGUGUCUAAAUAUAAUCAUCUUUAUUUGUGAUUUAUUUAAUCAACAUCUCACCCAGAGGCCAACCAGAUAGAUAGCCCACUGCGGGGGCGGUGCGCCAACGAGAUGGAUAGAUGGAUUGAUGGAUGGUGAAAAAUCAAAGAAAAGAGCGCCAAAUUGCACUUGAAAAGUGAAAGAUAUUGCACCGAAAGUGCAGGCAAAAGUGUUAGCUUAUCGCUUAUCGGCGAUUGAAUCAAUCAGCCCCAGCCUGUUAAUAUUUCAAGUUCAGAAAUGUAAAAGUGGCUGUGCGGCGAAUGGAAAGCCAUUGGGGGAAAAUUGCGGAAAUCGCACUUGAAAUAUGCGUAAAGCAAAAGACAAGUGGCUUUGGAAUUGAUUACCUCCAAUUUACCACAAUCGGGCAGGCAGUAAGAAACGGAAAUUAGGGCUUGAUGGCUUUUAAACAUUAAAGAAAAUAAUAUACGGAAAUCACUAUGGCCAAUUGGAGUGAUCUCUGAGCUAAGAUACUUGUAUUUCACUCAAACAAAGAGUAUCCAGAACAAUUCUUGCGGUUGCAAAAGGAAGCUAGAAUCGCUAAUCGCUUGAAUUGCCUAUCGGACUAUCGGACGUCUUGCAAAAGUGAACGAACAUGAUUAGAAAGCAUUUAAAGCAUCUACUUCCUGCUGGCAGAGCACAUCGGAUAUAGCUUUUAUCAGUGCUUAAAACUUUUCCCGAAAACACUGAACAACUGAAAACUGAAAGUGAAAGAAAUAAUCAACGUAAAACAUGCCGAAACAGAAAAAUGAAUUGAUAUUGUAAUCGACGGCAAUCGCUUAAAUCUUAUACGAAACGAUGUUGCUGCUAUCGCUUAUCGCUAUUUGGAGAAAUCAGUUGGGCCAACGUGUGUGUCUUUUGGCCAAGCAUAUUUAAGCCACAACAAAUUGUUGUUAUGCGUGUUGCUGUCGCUGUUGUUAUUGCUGCUGCUGCUGCUGUCAUUAUGCAACAUUAUGCCCCAGUUUGAUGAAUCUUUUUUGAGCGACUGUGCGCUCGCCGACCGCUGGCAUUUCUAUUCGUACACGGUCAAGCAAUUGCCGCCGCAUCCGAGUCCGAAACCGAAUCGGAAUCGGAAUCCGUAUCCCAGCAGUGCCAGCCACGAUGACCAUCAGCAGCAACUCCAUCAUCAUCAUCAUCAUCAUCAUCAUCAUCAACAGCACCAUCACAAUCACCAUCGUCUUUGGAAGACUCAGCGGCAGUCGUGGUCGCCGCGCGACACCAACAACAAUCAUAGCCUCACAAGCAGCAACUGCAACUGCAACAGCAGCAACACCUGCAACAGCAUCAGUGCCACCGGCAACACGUUGCAUAGCAUCAAAUUCCACAGACGUCGCAAAUACAAAAAGCUGGCACGAUUGGCGCUAUCAACGCCAGUGAUUCCACUGCAGAUGGAUGUGGAUGUGACCGUGGAUAGGGAGUUCGAUAUGGAGAUGGACACACCUGUGCCGCUCAAGAAUGCGGUGUGCCACGGCAGCAUCAGUUCUCCAUCCACGCCCGGCACCUGUUCCAGUGGCAUCGGAGUGGGCGGUGGCGGCUGCAGCAGCAGCAGCAACAAUAGCAUCAACAGCGGCAGCUACUCCACCGCCUGCACUCCGCCACCACCCACGCAUCACCAUCACUCGCAGCACCAGCAGCUGCAGGGCACGCCCGGAGGAUCUAGUCGGGUCGGGGGAGCAGGAACAGGAGCAGCCGGAGCUGGUGGUGGCAGUGGUGUGCCACCGGCACCACCCAGUGCCGGAUCCUCGGGCCACAAGAACAGUCUCAAGGGCACCAAGUUAGCGCGCCGGGCGCGCUCUUUUAAGGACGACCUCAUCGAGAAGAUUUCCCUGAUGCGAACCACCAACAAUACACUGGGUCGCUCCCACUCGCCGCACAGUCCGCGCACCAAGCACGGCUCAAAGGCACCGUCCACCACCGAGGAGGUGCUCCGGUCCACCCAAACGCUGGAGACGCACGUCAAGGACAUCUCGAAUGCCCUGAAGCACUUCCGGGAUGUCAUACUCAAGAAGAAGCUGGAGGUGUUGCCGGGCAACGGAACGGUCAUUCUGGAAACCAUAGCCAGCAUGUACUCCGUGAUCCAAACCUACACCCUGAAUGAAAACAGUGCCAUCAUGAGCUCCGCCACGCAGCAGGUUUACCAGAGCCUGGGCAAGCUCAUCAAGCUCUGCGACGAGGUGAUGCUCUCCGAGGACAGCGGCGAGUGUGCCUCCCUGAGCAACGAGAAUGUGCGGGAAGUCAUUGAUCUUCUGGAGGAUGCUGUGCGGAAUCUCGUUACGCUGGCGCAGGGCAAGCUGAAGGAGCAGGAUCAGUGCGCCUUUCGCUACAGUGGAUCUGGCCUGGGCGGCAUUGGAGCGGCGGCGGAGAUCAUGGGUGCGGUCACCGCCUCGCCGGGAGUGAGUGUUCCCGGUACUGGAGUCAUGCGCGUUUCCGCCGCCGAAUCAGCUGCCCAGCGCACUUCGUUGCCGGACAUAGCGCUCACGCCCAAGGAGCGCGACAUACUGGAGCAGCACAAUGUGAACCCGAUGCGCGGCUCCCACAGCACCGAAAGUAUCCUGCGCGACACGAGUCCACCGCCGAAGCCACCGCUACCCAAUAGGGCCAGUAACCCGCCGCCGUUGCCACCCAAGCGACGCAGCCAGCCGGGCGCAUCAGCUGGUGCAGUGGGCGUGGGCUGCUCAUCGUCGACAUCCACCUCCAAUCAGGCCAGUCCGCUGCCCUACGCCCAGUCCCAUAAUAUCAGUCUGAACUCGGACCUGGACUGCAGUUCCAAUAUCUCGCUGCUGAAUUAUGGCGUGGAUCGCCUAUCCGUGCGGUCACGGUCACCGGAUGAGAAUAGUCAGUGCUCCUUUGACUCGGCGUUGAAUCACUCACGCGAGGAAGAGGACCACCAACAGCAACAGCAGCACCUGAGGUCGUUUCCAAAGUUGGCAGCGAUGAUGGACGAAGACAUGGACAAGAUGGUCAGCUACAGUGAGUAUUGCCGCAAGGCUUCGCCACUCCCCUCACUCUGCUCAACUCGAGUGGUGGCACCCCCAAUCAACGAAUCCCGUACAGAAUCCACCGGUUACGCAGGCGCCGCAAUCGACGACAAAACGCAGACACCACUUUCGACUGGUGGUGGUGUAGCUGGUGUUGCUGGUGGAACUGGAGGAGCAGCCGAAGGUGCAGCUGCUGCAGCGUCUGGUGGCAGGGAAACUAACAGCAAUCGCCUCUCAAACGAAUCGGGUUUCGUGUCGAUGCGUGAGUUUCGCACUUGCACACAGUCGGCGGACUACAGUGUCCAGUCCUCCACGAAGUCGUCCAGCAGCAAUUCGGAGAUUGCGUUUAGCAUCAGUGAGUCGAUGGCGGUCGGCAGCAGCAGCGAAUACCAGCAGAUAAGCCAGUCGGUGUCGCACAGCCAGCGUCAUAUAUCCUCGAGCAGUAGCAGCUGCACCACCACGACCACCAGCAGGAGCACAACCACCGGCUAUGGCAGCAGCGAACUGGAGCAGCAGCAGACGACGACGACGCCGGCCGAUCUGGCGCCCGCCCUGCCGCCAAAGAGCAUCCAACGGAGCAGCCUAACCCGCCACGAGUCGCCCGGAGUUGGCGAUGAGCUGGACGAGGCGCAGUCCUCCUCCGGCUGGGCCAGCCACCGGAGCAGCCAGUCGGAGGUGGCCGAGCUGCGUCAGCUGUCGCCGCUCCAUCACCUCAAUCACCAUCCGCACACUGCGUCCGCCGGUCAGCUACAGCAGUGGCACUCCAAGCACCACAGCCUGAUCGAGGGACCCCGCCUCCAGCUGGCGGGGAGUGGCAGCUGCAGUGCGUUCGAUCAGCGCCACUUGGACCAGGAGCCACCGCCGCUGCCCAUGAAAAAGAAGCACAUGUUUCAAAGUGUGGCCUUUUCGGUUCUGGCGUAUAUGGAAAUCUGCUCGGCGUCCACGCGAUCCAUUGAGCAGCACCGGCACACGAUGCACGCCUGCAACAUAAGUCGGAACAUCUCGCACAGCCAGACCAUGAACAUUAUGCCCAUGAGCAAGGAACUGUCGCCGGAGCUCGAGAUGCCACCUGCCCUGCCGCCAAAGAACUACAAGCAGCGCAAGGCGACAAGCAUGGUAGCAUCACCCACGCUACAGCCCAUCAUUGUGACCACGCCGCCGCCGAGUCCGAAGCCGACGCUGGGCGAGAAUGGGUCGACGGGCAGGCCGGACAGCCGGAUGGCCACCGUAUGCGAGGAGCUGAACGAUGCAGUGGCCAGCGAGGAUGCGAUGCCGGAGCCCCGUUCUCCCGUGCUGGACAGCAAUGAGAAUGUGAGCGCCGUCGAUGAUGGACAGACCUUCUAUUUUCACUCACAUCAGCUGCCCGUCGCCGAUUUGGAGAUGAGCGAGGACACGAGCAGUGUCGACAACCAGCCAUUAACCACGCCCCAAGUGCUCGGGGAGCAGGAGGAGCCAACGGCGGAGUCCCGACCACUGGUCGCUGUGCACGAGUCGGUUAAGCCAGAGAACGCCGACGAGGAUGAGGAGGCGGAGCGAGCAGAUAUGCUGAUCAACAUGCUGGAGGAGGUCAACAUCACACGGUACCUGAUACUCAAGAAGAGAGAGGAGGACGGGCCCGAGGUGAAGGGCGGCUACAUCGACGCCCUCAUCGUGCACGCCAGCCGCGUCCAGAAGGUCGCCGACAAUGGUAGGCAUUCGCAGCGCAACCAGAAGCAGCACAAACAUUCCAAAUCUCGUUCGCAUGAUCAUUUACCCAACUCCUCUGUUGUCUCUGUCCAUUUCCAUUCCGUUCGUGCAGCAUUCUGCGAGGCCUUCAUCACCACCUUUCGCACCUUCAUCCAGCCGAUCGACGUGAUCGAGAAGCUGACCCAUCGCUACACAUACUUCUUCUGUCAAGUGCAGGACAACAAGCAGAAGGCCGCCAAGGAGACCUUUGCGCUGCUGGUCCGAGUGGUCAACGAUUUAACGUCGACAGAUCUUACCAGCCAGCUGUUAAGCCUGCUGGUCGAGUUCGUCUAUCAGUUGGUUUGCUCUGGACAAUUGUACUUGGCCAAGUUGCUGCGCAACAAGUUCGUGGAGAAGGUGACGCUGUACAAGGAGCCCAAGUUGGGCGGAGCCGGUUGUGUCGGCGGAGCAGGAAUCGCCAGCAGUGGUGGAUCCAGUGGUGCAGCUAGUGGUGGAAACCAGCCUAGCCUGCUCGACCUCAAGUCCCUGGAGAUUGCCGAACAGAUGACGCUGCUGGAUGCGGAGCUGUUCACGAAGAUCGAGAUACCCGAAGUAUUACUAUUUGCCAAAGAUCAGUGCGAGGAGAAGUCGCCCAACCUUAACAAGUUCACCGAGCACUUCAACAAGAUGUCCUACUGGGCGCGCUCCAAAAUCCUGCGCCUGCAGGAUGCCAAGGAGCGGGAGAAGCACGUGAACAAGUUUAUCAAAAUCAUGAAGCAUCUACGCAAGAUGAACAACUACAACUCCUAUCUGGCGCUGUUGUCGGCCCUCGAUUCGGGUCCCAUAAGAAGAUUGGAGUGGCAAAAAGGCAUCACCGAGGAGGUGCGAGCCUUCUGUGCCCUCAUCGAUUCCAGCUCCAGUUUUCGCGCCUAUCGACAGGCGCUGGCCGAAACUAAUCCGCCCUGCAUACCCUACAUCGGCCUAAUUCUGCAGGAUCUAACGUUUGUGCAUGUGGGCAACCAGGACUACCUGUCCAAGGGCGUCAUUAACUUCUCCAAGCGCUGGCAGCAGUACAACAUAAUUGACAACAUGAAACGUUUUAAGAAAUGUGCCUAUCCAUUUCGACGCAACGAGCGCAUUAUACGCUUCUUUGAUAACUUCAAGGACUUUAUGGGCGAGGAGGAGAUGUGGCAGAUAUCGGAGAAGAUCAAGCCGCGUGGACGCCGCCCCGUUAACUAUUAGUCUUCAAGCAGCAACAGCAAAACACCAAUAUUAUAUAUGAUAAAGUAUUUACACCGUAUUAAUUAAACAGUGCAAACGGUUGCCACGUCUAGGAGAAGGAUCAUCAUCGGGAGCAGCCAACAACUAUUUUAAUGGGUCUGAGCAAUAAUGUUCGCUAUUCUCUGUCUAUAUAUAUACAAUUAUACAAGAUAUCUAGCUGUAAUUACCAGCCGAUGCCGGAGCGGAAAUACAUAUACAUACUUAUUUAAGAUGUAGCGAUUCAGAUACGGAUACGGAUACACGUAGCCGCGUACAAAUAACGAGCCGAUCUGUAGUUUAACUAUUAAGCUCUGUGAGUCAUUGGGUCGAUGGACCCAACCUCAGCUAACUCCCCACCAAUAUUCGAAUCCGAAUCCCUGUCGACGAGUCCCCAAACUUUUUCCCGGACUUUUGCCAGCACUAGAACACCAAACUAACUAACUAACUAACUAACUUACUUACCACCAGAGACAACCAAUCAAGAAAUCAGCAAUCUUCGCUUUUGUUUUGAGAUCUCUUUUUUACACAAGAACACAACGAAUUUUGAACACAAGCUACGUGAACGUAGAGGCCAACCGACAAACUAUAUUCGACGAUAUAUGUAGCGAUAUCUCGGACUAUAAAUCGAUGCAAUCCACGAGCAGAACAACAAGCGACCCCUAGCACAAAGCGCGUUAUAUGCAAUUCUCUCUCCAAACAACCAAUAUUAAAUACCCGUGUGUGUGUAUGUGUGUUAGAAGUUAUUGAAGUUGAAAUUGAAAUUGAACUCAAAAUCAAAAUCCGAUUUCAGAGUGCACGAAACAGAAAACAGAAGGCGGUAUCUAUCGAUCAAAUCAAUCAAUCAAUGAAAUCAAUCAAAAAUUCAUUUUGCGACUCAAUUAAUUGAAGAAACUUUUAAAGUUACAAAACAAACAAAAAAAAUACGAAAAAGGAAAAACAAAAAAGGAGAGGAACCUGUGGGAGAGAUUAAAUAAAAUCCAAUUUGCUUUUAAAUGUACGACUAACAUUAAAAAUAUUUAUGGGCAUGUAAUAAUAGUUCUAAAUAACGCUUUGACUUCUCCUUUCAAUUCUGUGAGGAAUAAAUUUAUUGAUAUUGCGUGUAAAAAUAUUAAUCAUGAGAAGAAAUCUGAAGCAGAGUUAAAACUGAAUGAAAUCGACCUCAAGUUGUUUUUACUAAGCAAUACUCUGUCUCGUCUGAGAAUAAUGUCUUCUUAUUUAGAAAUGGGAAACAGAAAAAAAGGCUGCUUACUUGAAGAAUUUAAUUCCCGAUCACCAAUAGCCAUUUUAAUAAACAAAAAGAAAAGUCAAUUUUAAUUUGUGUUGAGUGAAUUCGGUCUUCUUUUUGCUGCUGCUUCCGCUGCCGCUGGCGCAUCAAUUGUGUUUACUAAGCUAACGAACCUAAGGACAACAAUUUAUUCUUGUUUUUUUUUUUUUCACCUAUUUUUAAAUUAAAUAUUUUGUAUAUGUAGAAAAAAUUUUCAAUUGUAAAUGUAUUUGUAUUUAAAUGUUAUGUGUGUAUUCAUAAGAAUGAAAAUAGCUACCACAAUCAAUGUAUUUUUCCUUUA